AAGAGGCGGCGUUAGCUACGCCGGACGCUUGCCUUGGAUUCAACGUCAAACCCGUCUCAGAAAGUCGCUUUAUUUACGUAUUUGUUGGAGCGUACCAUGGAUUUAAUAUAAGUAGAUCGUCUACUGACAAACUUCACUUGACUUAUCUCCGAAAGUCAUCGAUCUGGGCAGAGCUCCAGAGGUUGAGCUACAGCCAUGGUGCAACAAUACCAGUCACCUGUAAGGGUCUACAAACACCCCUUUGAGCUGAUAAUGGCGGCCUAUGUGCGGAGGUUUCCAAACUGCCCCCUGAUCCCCAUCUUUGUGGACAGUGAGGUGGUGAAGGAGGAGCACAGUGAUGACGGAGCCACUGUGUUCAUUGAGAGGCGCUGUAAGGUGGAGGCAGACGCCCCCCGGCUGUUCAAAAGGAUGGCUGGUGUGGACUACCUGUACUUCAUCCAUAAGAACACUCUGGACCGCAGGGAGAGGGCGCUGCACAUCGAGGUCGUCAACGAGACCUUCUCCAACAGAGUCAUCGUCCAUGAGAUCUGCAACUACACGGUUCACCCAGAGAAUGAGGAGUGGACGUGUUUCGAGCAGACAGCCAGUCUGGACAUCAAGUCCUUCUUUGGCUUUGAGAACGCGGCCGAGAAGCUAGCCAUGAAGCAAUAUGCCAACAGUAUUAAAAAGGGCAAAGAGAUCAUAGAGUAUUACCUGAAGGAGUUGGAGGAUGAGGGGGUGACCCACGUCCCCCGCUGGAGCCCCCCUCAGGCCCCCCCACCCACUGCCAGCCCCACAGAUCUACCGGCUGGCUCCCCAGACGACAAGUUGGAUGCAGACUACAUCAGGCGUUACCUAGGAGACCUAACGCCACUGCAGGAGAGCUGUCUUAUAAGACUACGCCAGUGGCUGCAGGAGACCCACAAGGGCAAGAUCCCUAAGGACCAGCACGUGCUGCGUUUCCUGCGGGCCCGGGACUUUAACCUGGAGAAGGCCCGGGAGAUCCUGUGUCAGUCGCUCUCCUGGAGGAAGCAGCACCAGGUGGACUUCCUGCUGGACUCCUGGGAGAGACCUCAGCUGCUACACGACUACUACACCGGGGGCUGGCACCACCACGACAGAGAUGGACGCCCUCUGUAUAUUCUGCGACUCGGUCAAAUGGAUACCAAGGGUUUAGUACGCGCCUUGGGCGAGGAGUCCCUUCUGAGACAAGUCCUGUCCAUCAACGAGGAAGGUCUGAGGCGUUGUGAAGAGAACACCAGAGUCUUUGGCCGACCCAUCAGCUGCUGGACGUGCCUGGUGGACCUGGAGGGGUUAAACAUGCGUCACCUGUGGCGUCCGGGGGUUAAAGCCCUGCUGAGGAUCAUAGAGGUGGUGGAGGCCAACUACCCAGAGACCCUGGGAUGUCUGCUCAUACUGAGGGCUCCACGGGUCUUCCCUGUGCUCUGGACCCUGGUCAGUCCAUUCAUUGAUGAGAACACCAGGAAGAAGUUCCUGGUGUAUGCUGCGAAUGACUACCAGGGGCCUGGAGGUCUGGUGGACUACAUCGAUAGAGAGGUCAUCCCUGACUUCCUGGGAGGAGACUGCCUGUGUGAGAUCCCUGAAGGAGGUAUGGUCCCCAAAUCUCUGUACAGGACAGCAGAGGCACUGGAAAGUGAGGAGCUGCGGCUGUGGACAGAUACCAUCUACAAGACUGCCAGUGUCUUCAAAGGGGCCCCACAUGAGCUGCUGAUCGAAAUCUCCGAGUCCUCUUCUGUGAUCACCUGGGACUUUGACGUGUGUAAAGGGGAUGUCAUCUUCAACAUCUACCACUCCAGGAGGGCGCCCCAGCCCCCCAAGAGGGACGUCCAGGGGGCCCACGGCAGCAUCGUGUCGCCAGCCACCAACAACAUGCAGCUGAUUGACAGAUCCUGGAUUCUGGGGCAAGACUACAGUAUGGUGGAGACCGCACUCACCUGCAAGGAGGGAGAGAGUGUUCAGGGCUCCCAUGUGACGCGGUGGCCCGGAUUCUACAUCCUCCAGUGGCGGUUCCACUGCUCCCCGGCCUGCUCUACCUCCAGCCUGCCCCGGGUGGACGACGUGCUGGCCUCCCUGCAGGUCUCCUCCCACAAGUGUAAGGUCAUGUUCUACACCGAGGUGCUGGGCUCCGAAGACUUCAGGGGCUCUAUGACCAGUCUGGAGUCCAGUCACAGUGGCUUCUCCCAGCUGAGUGCCGCCACCACCACCUCUAGCCAAUCACAGUCCAGCUCCACCGUAUCAAGGUAGCAUCCAGCCAAUAGGAGAAAAACCAGUGCUGUACCAACACCUGCCAAUGAGGACUUAACCUUACCCAAUGGAAUGAGAGAAGUGUUAUGAACUGUAUGGAACAAGGAUAGCCUAUCCUUAAUGCCAUGUGGUGGAACACUGGACUUCCUACCUGUGAGCGCCUUCUAAUACUGCAUUUAAAGCACUGGAAUAUAUUGUUAAAAUAUACAUGUAUGUUUUUUUAUCUGUAUCUAUAAUUAGUGACAUUAAGAUUGCUCUGGAAGUGGAACAUCUGCUAUAUGAGCAUCUGCUGAAUGAAUAAAUGCAUAUGGAGAUGUCUUGCAAACCAUCAUCAUCCUCUUCUUUCAAUACCACUAUUCUUUCUUUUUUAAGGGAAGUGAAAUGUUUCCCAUUUUUUUUGAAACUGAACAAUAAAGCACUGCCUAUUUUCAGCA